CUUACCCGUUUAACUGAAGAAAACAGCACUCCAGAUUAACAAUACUUAUACAAAUCUAAGUUAACAGAUAUCAUAAGAUGAUCGGACUUCUACAAACAGUUGCACUUCUGGCUGUGAUCAACAUGGCGCUGUCCGCUUGUAUUCACACUACAUCAACAUGUACGACACCGGCGACAGUCAAUCUGGCAAUCCAACUGAGGUUAGCUAGAAAUGUCAUCUCGUCAGAAUCCAUUUUACUUGCCCAACAGAACAGUGACAGCCACAACGAUAAUGUCACCAUCACAGUGAUAGAGGGCGAGACCAAUGUUUGUCCAGAAAACCUCAGCGAAUUGGAGAACACAAUGGACACACUAGUCCGACACCGGUCAACUUGUCCGUUCUAUAUGGUCAGCGAACACAACCCCUACCGGUACCCUGCUACACUGACCAGCGUUCGUUGUCGGUGCCAGAAGUGUCUGGAGUUCGGAGGUCAUAGCGAGCACAAUGUCUGCGAGCCUGUUUACAUCAAUGAGGUUGUGUUAAUGAGGGGAAGUUGUGAAAAUGGCGUUUACCAGUACAAUCCCACCGAGAUCAAAAUACAGGUAGCCUGUACAUGUGCCAGAGCAAAGGAAGCAGAAAGCCCUGAAUCUGAGGGACCAAUUCCUUUGUGAACAGAAGAGUACACCUGGGCUCUGUCUGGUUAAUACCUACUCCGUCCUAAACGUAUCCAGACUAAACAUAUUUAUCAGAUAAAAUUCUCUUUAUCCAUCAUUAAAUAACCGCUCUCUAAUGAAAUCGGAUGAAUUCAAGAGAGUGCUUUUAGAGUUUGGACAGUUAAUACACGUUCUACGGAGUGAUGUUUCAUCCAUCAAGAUGUUCAUUUUUUGCAUAUUCAUUUCGUGAUAAAUCCAUCGUUAUGCUUUUUUUCCUGUAUUUAUAAAUGAUCUACAUGGGUAUACAAAUGUAUUUUUAUAAAAUGUUUUUAUUUAUGUAUCUAGUGUUGAUAUAAAUAUAUAUUGUCUUUAUCUAUGUACAAGUGGUUUAUCAAUGUAUGAAUUUGAUGUUUGUGGAAUGUUUAAUGAUUUUUAUACAAAUGUACGUAUUUUUUAUUUAUUUAUGAUCU